UCUUCGGCCCGCCGUUCUGAGCCGAUGAGGAUACACCAAUCGGUCUCCGCUCCGUGUGUGUGUGUGUGUGUGUGUUUUUACCUUUGUGUUCAGAUCGCCUCACACUCGUGUUUCUCACCCAGCCCAGUCUCCCCCAUCUCCCCCCCUCACACUCCUCCCUCAGCCUCAGCAUCUCAAAAGGCUACUGAGUGAGAAUCGAUGGCGCAGAGGCCCGCCUGACAGGACAAUAAAAACCCACAAAGAAGCGAAGACAGUUAUGUUCCUGUUAUGGGAGAUAAACCCAGGGUGCCUGGCCUCCCAGGCCCGGUUUCAGUCCCUGAUGUGUGGCCUUUGAGACGUCCACCAUCCCUCGAUCCCUCUGCUCUUAAUGGAGCCCUCAUCUUCUGAGUUGAAAUGGAGGAUGAAGAUGGCACAUGUUUACUUGAUGUGUUGUGUGACCCACAAGCCCUGAAUGACUUCCUUCAUGGGACAAAAGAGCUGCUAAGUGGAGACCUGCUCAUUAAUUCUUCCUCUGGGGAGCCGUCCCUGUUCACAGACACGCCGAGCCCUGUCUCUUUGUUGGCAGAUGAUGCUGGCUCUCAUGACACACCUAUAUCAGGGUGUGUGGAUCUCUCCUUCCUGGAUGAGGCCUUGCUGGCCUCACCAGCAGGAGGAGAGGAUUCUGAAGAGGUAUGUGAACCUCCACAAGUUGAGGCAGAAGUGCCACAGCAACAGGAAGAGGAGGAGGAGACAUGUGAUAUUCUACAGCAGAGUCUCCAGGAGGCUGACAUCACUGAGCACACACUGGCUUUAGAGGCAGGUCUUGCCCAGUCUAGUGAAGCGCUCUCUCUCUACCCAUCUGGUAUACCCCCACCUUCACCUCCAUAUAUGUCUAAACCACUGAGUAUCUCUGGGGUCACACCAUUGCCAAGGGACACACAAGUUGCAGUGGAGCCUCCUCAACCGUCCCUGUUAGCCGUUGGACCAGGUUGCCCUUCACUCAAGCCUGUACCACCCCAAUUAAUGGGGCUGCUGCCUGGGAACGUGUUCCCUGCACCUCCCACCUCUGACACAUCCUUCUGCCUGAGUCGUGCACAGGGUUCCAACAUGAUCAUCCACAAAACCCUACCAGGCCUUACACUGAGCCCUGCUGUUAGGGCAACAGCACCUCCAGAGAUUAUAUUGCAAAGGACCCCUCUGCCUAUCCAACCCAAGCUGCCAGUCAACAUCCAGCCUAGACUGGUACAGAUAAGCCCAAAAUCGUCAGAGCAGAAAUCAUCUCCAGGACUUACUUUCAUUCCUCCAGCUGCAUCGCAAAAUAUCCUGUUGUCCUCUCCUGUGGGCCCCAGGCAGCCUUUGCCAUCACAGUCUACAACCACACUCAACAAGCCUGUGAGUUUGCAGCUAGUCAACCAGGGAGGCUCAAUUGUCAUUCAGCCCCAGAGUCUAUUUCAGGGCCAGAGCCACUUUAUAUUGCCUAGUCAAGGCUCUGUAAACCAGUCUGCAACUGUCUCUAGGCCACUGCUCAGCACGACAAACAAUCAAAUGCCAAGCGCAGCCCCUCUGGCAGGACAGCUUGUUGAUGGCUCACAGAUUGUAACAGUACGCCCCAGGCAACUGAAUUUUAGCCCUGUGUUUACCACUCCGACUGGGCAGCUCACACUCAGACAGGGAGCUCUCCUGUCUGGACCCCUGCAGCUUCAGUCAGCGCCUCCUACCGUCUUCCAGAUGCCGGCGCAGCUAGCAGGGGCCUACUCUGCUCAUGCACAUGGGCAGCAAGGUGGUGUUGUCCACACUCCUGCCUUAGGGAAGCAAAUCACCCUGAUCAACACUCCUGGUGUGCUUGCCCCUGAUAUGACUGCCAUAUCAAUAGUGAAUGGGCCAUCCUUGGUGCAAAGCUUGCCCUUUGUGUCCCAGGCACAGAGGCCUAUGGCAGGGGGCCCUGAGGAGCAGCUUAGUCUUCCACAGACCCCAGUGCUUCUUUUGCCUGAGAGAACAACAGCAGAUAAAAAUGCAACAAAUGAACAACUACAGAGUAUCUUACAACAAGGCACACUGUCUCCCCCAGCUUCAGUGCAAGCUGCUGUAGCUAAAAUGCGCACACAGCCUUCCCCAGUCAUUACUCUAUUGCAGGCACCACCAGAGAGCACCAAUUCCCCUGAGCCUGUCACAUUAUUGUCCAAACACCUAAUUACACACCCAGAGAAGCAGCAAGCUGUUGAAGGAGGCCAAACACCACCAAAUCAAGCAUUCAUGCACCAUCCCCUUCAGGAAGCACUUAUUCCUGCAGCUUCUGCUGAGUCUCUAGACAGUAACAUCUCUCCUGCAGCUAGUGAGACAGAGUCUUCAAACAUGGUACUGGCUGUGUGUGCCUCAUCUGACGUUCUCUCUGUGCUGUCUGAGUGUGGAGGAAUCCCCACUCCAGUGCAUUCUGGGUCAGAGCAUGGCGACAUGUUAGUCUCACCGUCCAUAACCCAGUGUUCUGGAAGUACUCCCUCGACAAUGUUUCCUACACCCCCACUUUCAGACAGACAACCCUCCUCAGCGUUUGUGGUUCUCGGUGGUAAAAUGCAGGGGCAAGAGGAAUCCAUGCUGUGCAUGAGUCCAUCUUCAACACCAGAAAAGAUGUGUGUUUCUGAGCAACCCAUCCCUGUAUCUACUGGCCCCAGUGGAGUCCUGGAGUCUGGCCUUAAUGAAGCCCGACAGCACAUGCAACAAAACAAACUGAAACUGGAACUUUCUGGUGUAGUGGAUGAUGAAGUUGCUUCACUGGACCUGCAGGAGAGUUUCGAAGGCUUGUUAUCCCAAGACACCCAGGGCCACACUGCACUUCAGGUGCCCUGUGUCAGCGUGAAGGCAAGAGAAAGACUCACUCCAGCAGUGCGCCAGCAGAGGCUCAAGCAGCAGCUUUGUUCAGACUAUGACUCGGUUCUUAAUCCAAAUACGUGCUCACGGUUCACUUCGCUAGAGGAUGCUGCGAGACACCUGUUGCCAUAUCAUACCUGCUCCAGAGCCUUACCCAGCCAAGCUGAUCUGCUAACAGUGGAUAAGCAGUUUGAGAAUGUAUCAGAGCUGCUGCUGAAAUGUACUACAGACAUGCUAAACAAAUACAGGCAGCUCUUACUGGCAGAGUCUCAGCAAGAAAGUCCUUCAGCAGAGAUGGUGAUGCUGGAACGCUUAUUCCUGCAGUCUGAGCGACUCUUACUCGGGGAAGAGAGACGCAGAGCAAGAGGCGACCCAGAGUCCUUUCUGAUGUCAUUGCGUAAAGCAUCUUGGCACCGCGGCAUGCUGCCUUCACGCCACUCUGACGCCUCAGCCAGUCCCCCGUCACCCCCUGCAUGGGCUCUACAUUCAGACAGACCCCCGGGUCUUAAAACAUAUUGCUCCAGGAGCAGGGGGGCGCUGCGCCUUACCAUCAAGCACGAGUCCGGAUCACGCAAAGUCAUCCAUAACUCCGCCUGUGACGAGCCACAUGCCCCCGCCGGACAUAAACGCACCUUAGACGGGCAGCUAACUAACAGAGGAAGGAACGAACAAGAGAGGCAGGACAAACCGCCGAGUCCUACAGAGACGGGUUCGGAGCGGAAACAAGAAGAGGCUGAAGUGGACAUGAACAGGACAGCCUGCAAUUCUAUCACAAAGUCAGAGCACAAAUCUGAAAGAGCAGAGGGAUCGUUUCCAGAUGUGCAAACCCCAGAGGUUAAGAGAAGCAAGCUGGAUGUUGCAGAUGGGAUGGGGGAUGAAGGCGGUCUGAGCGAGCACCUGCAGAGUGCUAUAGACAGCAUCCUGGAGCUUCAGCGGCUUCAGGGACCAGCAGCUUGUCUCAAGCCCAAACUCCAGCCCUGCACGCUGGAGCAAAGCAUCAGCUGCGUGCUGGAGGGAGAAAUGUAAUCCACACAACGAGGAGAAAAAAAAAAACAAAGUGCUGCUUACAUCCUACAGCUGAGUAUAACUAACACUGUCUGACAUCCACGACAGAUGCUAAAUUCUUAAUUUGUUCAUUCCCGCUCUAGGGGCUCCAUAUUGGCAUACAAAAGGACCUGAUGUAAAGCUGAUCUAAACCAGUAGACUGGGAGACCUGAUGUGAAUAAAUUGAGUGGAGCACCUGUUUUUUCUAAUAUGCGCCACAGUAAUUUCUUUCUUUCUUUUUUUUUUUUUAAAUGUUGGAUUUAGUGUUAAGUAAGGAAGCUUCCAAUGUGCUUGAUUUGUGCCAACAUUGACAAUGUUGUCAGUUGCAUUUGCCGAGUGCCUGUGUGUAUCGUUGUCUUUUUCUGAAUGUAUGUCUGUGCGUUUGUGUGAUAAGUACGAUAAUUCAUGUGUGAAGGGGGAAGAGAUUGCUUGGUUAUAUAGAUAUACUUACAGUUUAAGAAAGUUUGUACACUACAAGUGUAUAGUAUAUGGAUACUGAUGUCCGUUUCAGCUUGUUUAUCCCCAAAGAACACACACACGCUUCAUUCUGAAAAUCACCAGCAAAACCUAUUACUGCAUUCAAGAGAUUCUUUUCUUAAAAAGACAAAUCGUCUCCACUUCAUAUUUAGCAUCAGCGAUUAUUGAAAGUAAGAUGUUCUACUCCAGUUACGAAAUGAGCAGGUCUUCUUUUUGUCUGCAGUAAACUGUGAUGCAUCUUACCGUCCAUCAAGGAGACAACAACAAAAAAAAAAUGCUCGAAGAGAUAUUCUAAAAACACAAGCAAUAAUGAGCAGUUGGUCUUGAAUAUGUGGUUGUGCCUCGGUCCAACUUCUAGUCACUUUUGCUUUCUGUAUCGUGAUUCCUAGCCGUUCAUCGCCUGUAUUCUGGCAUUAGAAAACAAAUAUGUUAAAAAAAAUAACGACAGCAAUAUCAAUGGAUCAUUGGGAAACUGAUGCAAAUUCUCAUCAGGAUACAAAAAAGGAAUUUUAUUUCACGUUGUAAAAAUUAGCCCGCAUCCAUGAAUCACUUAGCGCUAACGCCGCAUCCAGAAGUACAAAUCAAUGUUGAUUUCUUGACAAUCUUAAAAUUUUGUUAGUGCUGUAUGUCACAAGGUGAAAAGAUGAAGCAGUAGGUCCUUGUAAGCAAAGAUUCAGGAUAUAUAGAUUAUAUGGAUGUGGAAUUAACUACUACAGUAACUAAUAGGGCUCGAGCAGGAUAGAGCUAUAAUUAAACGAUCGUGUCAUUAGGUUAAAUAUCCGCAUCGCAACAGAAUUUAAUAUCCACGUUUGACGCAGUCUCACAUUUGAGUGGUAAUUUAGACGUACUCCCCAACAUGCUAUGCACUGGUAAACGUUUCAGAGUACUCAAGUCACAAAAACCUAAGGUGACGGUAUAAUGCACUUAACCCUACGAACUGUGACAAGCCCUAAAUGUGACAAGGUGCCAUUUUUCGAUGGAUGAUGUCAUUCUUCUCCAGUCAUUCGCCUGUUUCAGUUUAUUAAAUACUGUGAAUAUGGUAGCAUGUGUUGGACACCACUUCAGACGACGACACAUUUUACUGACAGAUCGUUCUGAUGCCAAAAUCAAAGAGGCCUUAAUUCUGCAGUACCAGAUUGUAAAGAAAAAAAAAAGGGGGUAAUUAAAAAAAAAUGUUAAAUCCCAACUGAUGACUCUUUUGACCCACCGUCAUGUUAAGUCAUUCAUUUGAAACAUAUAAAGAGAAAAUCUUUUGUAUACAUUUUUACAAACUAUUUAUUUAACUGUGAUUUUGUAAAUAAUAAAAAGUAAAAUUGUGAAUGGAA